AUGAAUUUUUCGGACAAUGAGGCUGAUGAUACUUCGAGUGUUGAAAGUACUUCGAACACAGAUAAUACUUCACGCAGCGAAACUCCAACAAAUUCUCGUGUGAAGAAACGUAGACGAGGCAAAAAGAAGACUACUAAACAAGUGAAACCACCUUAUAAGUUCAAUUGCAGUGCUAAAGAAGACCAUGGCCAGCCCUUAUUUGGAUGUCAGUUCAACCACCACUUGGGUGAGGGACAGCCGCAGGUGUUUGCAGUUGUUGGCAGCAACAGAGUCUCCAUAUAUGAAUGCCCUGACUCUGGAGGCUUCAAAUUUCUUCAGUGUUAUGCUGACCCAGAUGUUGAUGAGACAUUCUACACAUGCGCAUGGUCAUAUGAAGAAGAAAGCAACCUGCCUCUACUGGCUGUUGCUGGGUCUCGGGGUAUUGUACGCAUUUUCCAACCUUCCACACAAACCUGCAUCAAGCACUACAUUGGUCAUGGACACGCCAUCAAUGAAGUCAAGUUCCACCCAAGAGACCCUAACUUAUUGCUGUCUGCAAGCAAGGACCAUGCAUUAAGACUGUGGAACAUCAUGACAGAUGUUUGCAUUGCUAUAUUUGGUGGAGUCGAAGGCCACAGAGAUGAAGUCCUCAGUGCAGAUUUUGAUCUCAAAGGAGAGAGAAUAAUGUCUUGUGGCAUGGAUCACUCGCUCAAACUAUGGCGGUUGGACAAGCCAUCAAUGCAUGAAGCUAUAAAGCAAAGCUACAGCUUCAAUCCUCACAGAGCUUUGAGGCCUUUUAAUUCUUUGAAAGAACAUUUUCCAGACUUUUCCACUAGGGACAUUCAUAGAAAUUAUGUUGACUGUGUUAGAUGGAUGGGCGAUCUCAUUUUAUCCAAAUCCUGUGAGAAUGCAAUAAUCUGCUGGAAGCCUGGUCGUCUCGAAGACACGGAGUUACGUCCUGGCGACAACUCUGUCACUAUUGUACACAGGUUCGACUACAAGGAAUGUGAGAUAUGGUUCAUACGAUUUGCUGUGGACUAUAGUCAAAGGGUGAUAGCAUUAGGUAAUCAAUGCGGUAAGACAAUGGUAUGGGAGCUUGGCAAUGUGGCCGGAGGCUCGCGCGUCUCGCAACUGGUGCAUCCAAGAUGUGUAGCUGCUGUCAGACAGGUGACGCUUUCCCGCAACGGCAAGAUCCUGUUGACCUGCUGCGAUGACGGCACCAUCUGGCGGUGGGACCGAGUCUGCAGUAAUAUUUAA